UAUAAAGUGCAACAACACCACCAGCCGUUGUUCGAUACCAAGUGGCGCUGACGCCACCGCAGCGCUUGUGCCAGGCUGAGUGCACUUUGGAGGCCACGUGAAGUGUCGAAGGAAACCUCAUCCACGCGCGCCUUAUAACGGGGCUCGAUUCGACACGUGCGGACAUCGACCCGAAGACCUGCGGGAACGAGAACGUGUCAUUAGGAAAAUUUUGUUAAAAACUCGCUUUUUUGGGAAGAAUUCAAUCAUAGACAAGCACGUGCAGUCAGACAAUUUAACGCACACAGACCAGGAGAGAAAACGAAGCGUCUUGAAUUAAUGUAUGGAGAAAGUAGUGGCCAUUUAUUGUUAUUACUUUUUUAAAUCUACCGUUUUUAGAGUGUGGAUUUAAGCGAGGUUGAGAGAGGUGUUCAGAGUGAGGGUGCGAGGGAGAAAGGAAGACACGCAGUUGGACAGACAGACACGCGUGCACACGUACAGGGCAAAAAGCGUGACCAAAGCUGAGUCUUCUUACAGCCUAGCUCCACAGUGGGAGAUACACAGAGACACAAACACACACACAGAGUUUGGUCACCAUAUCCCACAAGCCACAACAACAUCACGGACUGAUAUAGAGACGAUCGUGAGCAUUGCCCAAGAUAAAUAUUGUAUUCAACUGUUAAAGUGCUGAGCGAGCAUAUAAGCUCAAAAAGUGACACCGCCAUAGGCCGGUGGAGCAAUAUGCGCGACGGAGAGACCUAGGGAAUUGCAUAAUACAGAGCCAGGAGAGAGACUGACUCGAAGAUUGAUACACAGAGAUACACGAGACGCGUAGUAGACGCAGGGAUAGAAUAGAGACAGGUCAACACCAAUUCCACCACCGCCACCACCAUGGCUUUCGCCCAAGUGCUCGACAUCGUUGGCAGCGCGGGGCGCUUCCAGGUGAUGCACGUGCUCAUCGUCACCUUACCGAUGCUCUUCCUCGCCGCCUGCAACAUCUUCCAAAACUUUGGCGGCGCCACCCCGAGCCACCGAUGCCGCGUCCCCUGGAUCGACGGCCCCAAUGCCACCCUGGCCCAGCCGGGGCUCCAACAAAGAGGGGCCCUGCACGACGGGGCCCAGCGAAGUUCCCUUUCGCUGCUGAGAGCGGCCGUGCCUCUGAACCCCCGAGGAAAGGACAGCGCUUGCGAGGUGUACACGAAGCCACAGUGGCACCUGAUGCGGUGCGCGGAUGGCAACGGCACGGGCGGGGGCCACGGAUGUGAUGGUAGUGGCGAUGGUGGUGGCGAUGGGGGCGCACGGGCAGGUGAGGAUGUUCAGGUGGAGGGGUGCGCUAACGGAUGGAAGUUCGAUCAAAGCGAGUUCACCUCGACGAUUGUGACCGAGUGGGACCUGGUAUGCGAUCGCAGCGGGCUCAAGCAGAUGGCGCAGACCGUUUACAUGGGCGGACUGCUGAUCGGGGCCGUGGUGUUCGGAGACCUGGGGGACAGGCUUGGCCGUGGCAGGGUGCUCUCCCUGUCCUACCUGCUGACAGCGCUGGCGAGCACGGCCACCGCUUUCGCACCCAACCUCGCCAUCUACACCGCAGGGCGCUGCGUGGUGGGGCUGGGUGUCGCGGGGAUCUCGCUCAACGCGUUCUCCCUAGGUGUGGAAUGGAUCGCGAUGAAGGACCGCACGCUCUACGGAACGCUGAGCGGCGUCGCCUACACCACGGGGCAGCUCGUGCUGGUGGCGCUCGCUUACUACAUCCGCGACUGGAGGCACCUGCAGCACUCCAUCUCUGCCGCGUUCUACGUCUUCUUCCUGUGCUCCUGGUUCACCCCCGAGUCGGCAAGGUGGCUCGUGAUGCACGGCCACUACGAGCGAGCGCUGCACGGCCUCAAGCGCGUGGCCGUCAUCAACGGACGAAAGCGCGAAGCCGUACAUCUCACUGUGAACUAUCUCCGCAAAGAGCUGGAGGAGGAGGACACGGGCCCCCGUCGCUUCUACACCAUGUUCAACCUCCUCACCAUCCCUGCUCUGCGCCGCAGAACCCUCGUCAUGAGCCUCGUGUGGUUUUCCACAUCCUUCUCGUAUUAUGGAUUUUCACUCAACAUCCGGGGCUUUGCCGUCAACAUCUUCCUCAUGCAGGUGAUUUAUGGUGCCAUCGACUACCCGGCCAAGGUAGUGGGGUUGGUGGUCCUCAGCCUCCUGGGACGACGCGCUACGCAGGCCGGCUCCCUUGCGGUGGCCAGCAUCGCCAGCUUCUGCCUGCUGGCCAUUCCAGCCGAGAGCAUCACGGCUCGCACCUGCCUGGCGGUGCUCGGCAAGGGCGCGCUCUCUUGCUCCUUCAACUGCGCCUACCUCUACACGGGAGAGAUCUUCCCCACCGUCAUCAGACAGAGUGGCCUCGGCUUGUGCUCCACAAUGGCACGGGUUGGUGGGAUGCUGGCGCCGCUGGUGAUCAUGGUGGGCGAAAGUUUGCCGGCGCUGCCGCUCUCCAUGUACGGGGGCGCGUCGCUGGUCGCAGGGUCCUUGGUCUACUUCCUGCCUGAGACGCUCAACCGCCCGCUGCCAGAGACCAUCGAAGAGCUGUCGGAGGCGCACGCGAGAGACAGGGAAAUGCCCCUCAUGAAGAAGAAGAAAUAUGACACGAAUGGUGCCAAUGUGGAGCCUCAGCCAUCAUAACGUCGACCCGCUCUCCUCCCGCCCGGCCAAUGCCACCACCACCACCACCUCCACCUCCACCAAACCCAUCUACGAGCUGGUGCCGCCGGGGUCAUGCUUCGAGUCCAGGCAGCUGCCUGUGAUUAAACCUGCUUCUCAAGUGUCGUUAGUCGAUGGUGUCAGCCCGCUGACCGAUGAACUGCACACACAUCCUCAUUACCUUACAUUGCACUGCCGCAUUCAUGUUUUGCUGCCUGCCCCACUUAUUUGAUUCGAUUCUUUAAAUGUCCUUCAAUCGACAGGGAAGGUCACGGUUGAAGCACUCCUCGAUACGUGGAAUUGGAUUUUUUUUUACGUCGCGAUCAUUUUGUGAUGGUUAUGGAUUUUCCCUACGUGUCUGUGAUGAUUGUUGAGGUAUGAAUAUUUGCGUGUUAAAGGAAACUAGUGCAUGGAGACAACCUACGCAUACAGGAGGAGGCACUCAGACUCCUCUAUAGAUAGACCAGGAAACCUCCUUGCUGUACUACAUCCUGCACCACCUCAUUGCCCAGAGGUCAGGUGAUGUCUCAUGCAACACCACAUUUACCCAUCCCUGCAUGAUCCGUCAACCCCAAACUCCACCAGCGAGUCAAUGAAUUGCCACAAUUCAAUUAAACUGAGUCUUUUUUAAAUCCUUUAUAUUAAGUUCACGACCCACCAGGUAUGGACACGCAUUGUAAGCUCCGCGGCUGGCACCGUACACGAAUGGACGAGUCUGCGAACUGGGCUUUUAAAGCCGAAUGUCGCAACCUCCAACUUGCAAAUCUGCUCUUGGCCUCAAUACAGAAUUUGCUGUGCUGGCGAGCAAACGAUUUAUAUUAAGUCAAUAACGUGGACCAUGAUUUAUAUGUAUCAUGCCCUGUGGACCCAGAACGUGGCUUGUGGUUUAGAUUCACUACAACCCAUGGCCCAUGGCACCGGACAACAUGUUGAAUGUGUUGAUACUGCGGUGAUUAAAUUAAUUGUCACGAUUCAA